ACCUCGAUGAUGAGACGGUGACCAAUGGAUGAACGGGCCAUCAACACCUUCGUCUGUAACGUCUGCUGCUACUAUGGCGUCUGUGACGCAGCAAUGGAUGUGGAUACCACCUUCAUAUCAGGCAGGAUGCAGUUAAAAUGGAAUGCAGCCCCGUUUAAGCAGAAGCAAGUAAAUGUGUCAGCAGUGACACAUUGGAAUGGUCCAAGCGCAUCCCCUCCAAUGGCAGAAGAAGGGCAACGGAGGAAUGAAGGGUCGUCAGGUAAUUUCUCGCAAAAGAGAGCCAGGCAGCGGUCUACUAGUGGCGGAGACUAUGGUGGUCGAGGAAGUUGGAGGCGGAAUAAAGGUGGAGGAGAACGGAGGAAUUAUUCUCCCCGAAAGCUGGGAGACUCAUCCCCACGGGAUGUGAAUUAUAUCAAAGGUUCGGAAUAUGCCCAGUUGAGACACAGUCUCCUGGACAUGAUGAAAUGCCUUGUUAAGAAGGGACUAGAAGAAAGUAAAAUGGAAUCGGAGAAACCCGUGACAAAUACAAAAUUACAAAUCCAAAUCUCUUUUAUACUGAUGCAGAGGGCAAUCUCUUGUGGGUUGUCCCCCAACAAGUUUGUAAUGACAUCAUUUACAUGGUGCAUGACUUACCAACUAAAGUACACCGAGCAUACGACAAUACCUUGA